UAUGUAUAUACGAGUUAAAACUGAAAAAACUGAUUGGUAAAGUGUUGAUACGAAUGAUAUUUUGUACCUUUCAAUAAAAUCUGUAGACAGGAGUAAACAUUCCAUAUUUCAGAAAUUUUUGAUACUGAAAUUUUUUAUUAGUCUUUAUUAUUCAAAUUCCUUUGCGCUUACAAAAGUAUUAAACUAUGUAGCGUCUUCAGAGUUUUUGCUUUUUGACUUUAUUUUUUAUUAUGAAAUAUUGCCCGAUGACUAUUCAACUGUUUAGAAUUUGUUUAUAAUCGCAAAAUUCUAAAAUGAUUGUUGAUGUGAAGGAAUGGGAUGUUGGAACAGUUGAUGACGGUGUAAUAAAAAUUGUGGAAGAAGUUCAGCUCCGUAAAUAUGGCAAAUUUCUUGAAGGCUAUAGCACUCAAUUAAAAGACAUUGAACAUGCACUUGAUGAAACAAUAAAUGAUUUUUGGAGUCAAGAAUUAGAACCUGUUUCUAUUCAACUGUCCCCCCUAGAGAAAACCACAGUUCUAGAAUUGGUAUCAACUGAUAACAAAAUUUUGAAUAAGGUGAUAUCUGUCCUCUCAAUUUUAUGCUGUGAAGUUGAUGAUCUUUGUUAUGAAGCCAAAGUAAAAUUUUUCCCUGCUCUUCUCUUUUAUGGAGAAGGAGAGUCUCCGGAUGCCUUAGUAGAUGGAGAGGCACAUAUUUAUAUAGGCCGGAUGAUUCCUUUUAUGCAGGAGUUAUCUUGUUUUGUUGAACGCUGCUAUGUUGUUGUGAAAAAUAUAAUCCACCAGCUUAAUGGCUUACAUUCUGGUCAUAAAAAUGGCACUGCAGCCUUAAUAGAUGUUACUGAUGUUCACUUCUUAACAGUCUAUAAAUAUUUAGGUUCUUUGCUGACAAUUUUAGUGACUCUUGAUGAGAUCAUCGAUAGUCAAGUUGUUCUCCGAGAGCACUGGACACAAUUUAAACGAAUGCUAGUGUCUAUCCAUCACAAACCAUCAAAACUAGGCAUUGAAUCAGAAAAGUUAAGACCUUUUGAGAAAUUAAUCAACAAAUUAGAAAACCAAUUGUUAGAAGGAAGCAUUUUUUUGGGUGCUGUAGAACAAAAUUUUGAUGACAACAAAAAUUUCGUAACAAAAAACACUUUCUUCUUAGAUGAAUUCAAUCUGAACAUCAGGAAAUUUUUUAUGGUUAUUGAAUCAAAAAUAGGUGAAAGUAAUGAAUUUGAUGCCCGUUUGAAGAUACCAGAUGUUUGCUGUUUGUUUGUUUUACAUUUUUACUUGUUCAGAGUCAUGGACAAAAAAUUCUUCAAAAGUUUAUGGGAUAUUUAUAAAAAGGUUCCUGCAGUUCCUUUAAUUGCUAAUAUUAUGUGGUUUCCUGAUAUGUUUCUGCUAACUAGAUUGCCUUUAGUAGCCAGAAGUGUAGAUCGGAAGUCACAAGAUGCUGUAAAGCUUUCUAGACAGUCUUAUUUAUUACAGAAAAAUCAAAAUCUGUUGAAAGAUGUAUCAAACUAUUUCAUGCUCACUAUGAACUGGAUGACUAAAAUGGACUCCAGCUUAACAGAUACUGGAAAAUUGCUUGAAGAUCUUAAUCGGAAAUGCUCUUUAUUGUUACAGGGUUUAAAAUUAGCCUGGACAAUAAAUCAUCAAGUAAAAACAAUAAUGAAUCUUCAUGUAUCUUUGUCUAAACCAAUGACCAAGACAUGUGUAUUAGCUCUAUGUAGAAUGAUAGAAAUGAUUAAAGGAAUUGAAGGAACAUUCCACCGUCAUUCAGUUGUUAUUAAUGAAUCAAUUACUCAUAUUGUACAACAUUUAGCACACCUUGCUUUAACAAUAAUCAACAUUGGAAAGAAAAGAUUAGUAUCUGACAAAAAGUAUAGUGAACGUAGACUCGAUGUUUUAUCUGCUCUAGUACUAGCUGAAAAAUCUUUGAAUGGUCCAGGUACAAAAGAAAGAAGGCUGGUUGCUUAUUUGGCUAUGUCCUUAGGAGUGCAAAUGAACUCAUUUAAAGAUGAUGAAAUGGCCAAUUUUUUUAAUGUGGUGAAAAAACUUGAUUUCUUGUGUGAUUUAAAAGAAAAGUUAAAGGAUGCUUCUGACUGCAGUUUUUUGUAUUGGCAUCGUGCUGUUUUCCCUACUUAUGUUGCUGAUUUGUAUGACAAUGGCACUGACACACGAUCAAACCUUAUACAGUAUAUGGUAUUAGCAUUGCAUGACAGUGUCCGGUCAAUAUUAUCAUCUCGCCAUGAAUCUACUCCUGAAGCUCUGCUGUUUGCAUUUCAGAAGGAAAUUUACCUUACUAUAAAGAAACAUUUGCUUGAUCCUCUCUGUAGUGAUGUUGAAACUGAGCUCCGUUUACACUGCCAUUAUCAUUUGCAAUUAGAUGAUAGAAACCCAUUCAAAGUUGGCAGAAAAGAGUUUAAUUAUCUUUUCAGACUUUCAUCUCUUCACUUGUUUAACCACUUUGUUAGUGUUAAGUCUUAUGUAGAACAUUAUCUUGACAAAAUAUUUUAUAAUUUAACAACUGUUGCCCUUCACGAUUGGAAAACAUAUGGUGAAAUGAGGAGCUUAGCUUCACAUAAGUAUCGCUUAGAAACUGUUGAUGCCCACCUUCCUAGUCAAACUUUAGAACAGGGUUUAGAUGUACUUGAAAUUAUGCGAAAUAUUCAUUUAUUUGUAUCAAACUACCUCUACAAUCUCAAUAAUCAGAUAUUUGUUGAACGCUCAAGUAAUAAUAAGCAUUUGAAUACUAUAAAUAUUCGCCACAUUGCCAAUUCUAUACGUACUCAUGGAAUAGGUGUUAUGAAUACAACAGUAAAUUUUGUUUACCAAUUUCUGAGGAAAAAGUUCCAGAUAUUUUCCCAAUUUCUUUAUGAUGAGCACAUCAAAUCAAGAUUAAUAAAGGAUUUAAGAUAUUUCAAAGAAAACAAGAAUCAAAAUGGUCAAAAGUAUCCAUUUGAUAGAGCUGAGAAAUUUCACAGAGGAAUUCGUAAAUUAGGCUUGACUGAAAAUGGCGAAAGUUAUUUGGACCAGUUUCGACUUUUAAUCAGUGAAAUAGGAAAUGCUAUGGGGUUUGUUAGGAUGAUUCGAUCGGGAGGCAUACAUUGUUGCAGCAAUGCUAUUAGAUUUAUUCCUGACCUAGAUGACAUAAUUGAAUUCUCUGACUUGUGUAAAGAGGAAAAUCUUUCUGAAGAAACAAUAUCAGCUGCAUCAAAACUUGAUUCAGUCAUUAGCAACCUCUCUAAAAACUUCUCAGAAGGUACUCAGUAUUUCAAGCUUUUGGUUGAUGCAUUUGGUCCUGCUUUCCGAGAUCCAAAAAAUGGGCACAUGAGAAAUUUUUUUGUCAUUGUACCUCCUCUGACAAUAAAUUUUGUUGAGGAAUCUAUAUCCAGUAAAGAAAAGCUUUCAAGAAAAAAUAAAGUUGGAGCUGCUUUUACAGAUGAUGGUUUUGCUAUGGGUGUGGCUUACAUCUUGAAAUUGUUAAAUUUGUAUGAGGAAUUUGAUUCACUUCAUUGGUUUCAUUCAGUUAAGGAAAAGUAUUCCAAAGACCGAGAAGAUGCACUUUCUCAAAAAAAUACUGCAUUAGGAAAAGAAGACAGGAAGCUUUUAGAAACAAUGAAUUUAACAAGCAGGAGAUUGGAAAUUUAUCAGCAGGAAUUUGAUCUUUUGAAUUAUUCUUUGAGCAGUGCUCGAAUAUUCUUUCGUGCUGAUUUAAGUGCAGAAGAAGAAAAUGCUGAAAAACAAAGUACAAAUAAGGUGUGAUUUAUAUAACACAGCAUCAAGUUUCAAUGCCUAGACAGUAAUAUUUUUUUCAUUAGGUAGCUAAAGUUGUUAGAAAUGCUAUAAAAAAUGUAGUUCCUGAACUGAAGCUCGUUUAGAUAAUGAACUGUAUUAAAUAUUUCAAUGUUUUAUAAUGUUCAUAUUUUACUAUGAUUGUCUGUACAAGUAUAAUAUUUUGAAGUGCAAUAAUGUAAUAAUGAACUUCUGAUGUAUUUUUGUGAACUAUAUUUAAACAAAUCAAUUAUUUUGUUAAAAUAAAGAUAUUUUGUUAUAAA